AACAAUCACAAUACAAAAGAAAGAAGAAAAUGAAGAAUCAACUUCUAAUUUUGUUUCUUCUUGUGACAGUUUUUUCAAGUGUCGAAGCUCAAUCUUGCAAACCUAGCGGCAAGAUAAGGGGCAAGAAACCUCCUCCGGGACAAUGCAACACUGAGAACCACUCUGAGUGUUGUGUGGAAGGCAAACUUUACACUACUUAUAAGUGUUCGCCAAAAGUAUCAGAUCAUACAAAGGCAGUGUUGACAAUCAACAGCUUUGCGAAGGGUGGGGAUGGCGGAGCACCAUCUGAAUGUGAUAACGAGUUCCACUCAGAUGACUCACCGGUGGUGGCAUUGUCGACUGGAUGGUUCAACAAACAACAGAGAUGCUUGAAGAAGAUUAUCAUCCACGGUAAUGGACGAAGUGUAGAAGCUAUGGUAGUUGACGAGUGUGACUCCACCUUGGGUUGUGAUGUCGAUCAUGAUUUCCAGCCUCCAUGUCCUAAUAAUAUUGUGGAUGCCUCCAAAGCUGUGUGGAAGGCUUUGGGUGUUCCUCAAAAAAACCGGGGCAACUUGAACAUAACUUGGUCUGAUGUUUGAUCUCCAUCGCAUUUAUAUUUACCAAAAGCAGUUGUCAAUUAUGCAUGUGUUUUUCUUUUCUUAAUUUUUUUUUUUUUUCCCUGUUUUAUUUCCCAGUUGUUAAUGUUUUUAUGUUGUAUUUGAUUCACUGGAAUAAAAUAGAAUGAUUAAGCUCUCUGAUAAAAUUAUCAUUCUUUUAUAAUGG